GAGUCAUCAGGGCGCGUCGCCGGAAGCAGCCGCACCAUAUUUGGAUUCUGGCGGAUACACGGGACAUGUUAGUGCUUGACAGGAUACACACGCAGUUUCUGGAGACGAGAAAGUGACGAGGUCCGAGUCGAAGAAGUUAAAUUCUGCAAUUUAAGCGGUUUGUGCUGAAUCAUCCUGACCGGACCUGAUCGACCAAUCACCUGCCUUCUGUGUGACCUCGCCAGAUUACCUCCUGAUAUUGAUCAGAUUGUUGAUCUGUCGUCAGCACCAGACCAAUCAAAGAUCCUGCCCUGGACUUGUGAUCACAGCCUGACCGACCAAAGAACUCAGCUGCUGGAAUACUGAUACCUGCUAUUGAUCGCUGAUACUGAAUUAUUGAUCACGCCUGAACCACGGAGAAGCAGUCAAUACGUGAUAAAGGAAUAUUUGUGAUACUCAAAUCUCCUGAAAACCUCCAGAGACAACUAAAGCUUUUGUUGUCCAAUUAAGCUGAUUUUUAUUGGUCAGCUGACACAUUUCAAUGACUGUGAUUGGUUGGUGAGCAAGGGAAACCCUUCCUUACUGGUCAAAGAGUCAUUAAGGUUUCCUAAAGGGGAAAAACCCCAACAGGCCGAUCAAUGGCAGCGUCAGAGCUGAUCCAGGACAAUUGUGAUGUCCGCCCCCACGUGGAAGUUAACGUGACCACAGUGAAUCCCCCUACAGGUCAUCCUCCGGGGGUUGCCAACGGUAACCCGAUACGCCUCACCUCCUUGUCGCCGCCCCCCACCGACGCACACGACGGCAAAAAGCAGCACGAGGGCAGCAAACUGAGCAGCCUGUUAAAACAGAACCAGCUGGUCCACUCUCUGAGCAGCGGACUGCGGCGACACUGCAACUACGUGAAGAUCACCGUGCCGGAGGAACGGGCAAACCACCUCCCCAGUGAGUGGUGGAAGACGGGCGUGGCCUUCCUCUACGCCCUGUUCAUCCUCGUCUUCACCACCGUCAUCAUCACCGUCGUCCACGAGAGGGUGCCGGACAAGUCGGUGAGCCCGCCGCUGCCCGACAAGUUCUUCGACUACAUAGACCGAGUGCCGUGGGCCUUCACCGUCACCGAGGUCAACGGGCUGAUCCUGGUCGGACUCUGGCUCGUCCAGUGGCUCUUCCUCAAGCACAAAGCUAUAGUGGCACGUCGCUGUUUCUUCCUGAUCGGGACGCUCUACAUGUAUCGCUGCGUCACCAUGUACAUCACCACCCUGCCUGUGCCUGGAAAACACAUGGUCUGCGCUCCAAAGCUGUACAACGACUCGACGGGGAAAAUCUGGAGGAUUUUGAGGCUGAUCUCAGGAGGAGGUUUGUCUCUGACCGGCUCUCACCUGAUGUGUGGUGACUUCCUGUACAGCGGUCACACCGUCAUGUUGACGCUGUCCUACCUCUUCAUCAAAGAGUACUCUCCCCAGUGGAUGUGGUGGUAUCGCUGGUUCUGCUGGUUUCUCAGCGCCUCCGGAGUCGUCUGCAUCCUGAUCGCUCACGAGCACUACAGCAUCGACGUGGUGAUCGGAUACUUCGCCACCACCAGGACCUUUUGGUGGUACCACACCAUGGCCAACACGCAUGCGCUGCGUCAAGCUCCCAACAACUACCUGUCGAGGACGUGGUGGAACCCGAUCUUCAAUUUCCUGGAGGUGAACGUUAAGACGACGGUUCCCAUCGUGUUCUCGUGGCCGGUGGCGCUGCCUCCAUCCUGCAGACAGCGGUACAGGAUAGUGGAGGGGGGGAGGGACGAGUGAGGAUGGGGGAGAUAACUGAGCUGAAAUAGCAUCCAUCCUGACUCUUGUAUGAAAGGACAGAGACUUUAACAUCAGUUUACUUGCUAGAACCAGCAUUUCCAGCUCUCUCCUGCAUACUGAGGAAGAGGAGACACUGAAAGGAGGAAGAGGUUAUUAUGUUUACAUUACCAUGAUCACCAGGUGUUCAUUCAUCAGCACGUUUAAUCCCCAAAACCGUAAUAAUGCAGUUCAUCCUCCUACCGAAUCUGAAGUGACGAGUCUCCCGUUGAAAUGUUUAGUCACACGUGGAUUAACAAACAGACGAGGUCGACUUCCUACUCUCACCGUCAGGAAAACAAGAGGUUUUGACUCUACUGAGAGUUAAAACAACUGUCGAAUUAAAGCCUCAAGUCAUCAGAAAAUGAGUUUCACUUCUGUUGUGUCUUUGGUACACCAUUAUUUUUUGAUCCAUGCAUGUUAGCCAUCAUGACAAACAUCUCUGUCUUGAUCUAAUUUAAGGUUUAAAUACGUUUCAGACGCCAUAAAAGUUUUCAAAAGUGCCAGUAAAUCCAGCCUAUGGUGUUGUGAACUAUGAACAUUUGGGUUUCUGCCAUGAUGGAGUUAAAACUUAAACCAUAGACCUGCUGCAGCUUCUGAACUGGAUUUCAGAUGUUGAUGUGAAGAGUUUUCUGGUCUUCAUGUUCAGCUAACAGGAUGAACACAUCCUGCUGCUCCACCAACCAGCUGAAGAGGUGGAAAGCAGCUUUCACAAUACAGGAAUUAUCAGGGUAACGACAAUGGUUACUCACUGCUAGCUAAGACAGCUAAGAUAGGCUUGCUUUUAACAGUGCGUAUGUGUAGACAAGCAGCUGAGAAACAAGUGUUUAUUGUUUGCGUACUUGCCUGUGUGAUUUGUGUGAAUCUGGAGGAUUAAAAAGUUUGUCCACUGGCCAACACUAGAAUAUGUUCAAGGAGAACUUUCCACAAACAUAAACAGACCUAAAUAUGGUGACUUAACUCUGGUUUACUGUUUUUGCUGUUGCAGCGUGUACUGCAGAAUAAUCUGAAACAACGUACUAACAACACCUGAAACAUGCUGAGAAAAUGAGUAGCUAUCUCAUUGUCUUCUCAUCUUCUGAUUAGGGCUGGGUAUUGUGAAAUGUUUUGAUACUAAUGCCGAAACAAUACCUGAAUAUCAGCGCCAGUACCAAAAUAAAUGGUACUUUUUCUGUUUUUCCAACAAAGCUACAUUUCUCAGAUGUUAAAUGUUGUAAAAACAAGCAGCCGUCUUGUCUAAAUAAAACGCAGUCUAAAAUCAGCAGAAUUAUGAUUUAAAUCAGUAAGUAUCUGAUUAAAAGAAUGAAACAAGAAUGAGAAUCUGACCAGACAUUCAGCGACUUUGAGUUCUCGACAGUUUUUGAUACUCAGUGAACACAAUUUGAUCGGUACCAAAAAAAUUCGAUACCCAGCCCUAAACACAACACCGAAGGACUUCAUCUUGUCAACGGGCUAACAAGAGGAGAUUUUGAGACACGAGAAUAUAUUUAAAGUCACCAUCUGUGACUUUAAUUGCAGUCAGAACUCUUCACGUUUGGAUUCAUCAACAACAAAUAUUUGUUCAAAACAAAGGCGUGGCAUUGUUGAAGUGCCAAACAGAAACGUUUUUGUAAGAUUUUGACUUUUCUUUACCAAAAACUGGAGUGAACUUUUGUGCUGUUGAAAUCGGUGCCAUUAGCUAGCUCAUUAACCUAAAUAAUUUUGAUGAGUAAUGCCAACAAAGAUUAAAAAAAAUACAAAUGUACCAUCUCCCAACAAAGAAAAAUGACACUACAUGUUUAAAUAUUGAGAUAAUUUUUUACUGUUUGGUUCGUAAGCUAGCCAGAGACUUAGGACCAAAGCUGCAUUGCUAGCAACUUAGCAUUCUCAGUGCUAACGUCAGUUGGGUCGGUAUGAGAGUGAUUGCUUAUGGCACUGAAUUGGUUUCAGUUAGCCAAACACUAGCUCAUUGUCAUAAACAGUUGUUUUGAUGAGUAAUGACAAUUAAUUAAGCUGUUUAGCAUCCAUGAAAGGUAAAUGUACCACCUAGCAACAAAGUAAAAAGUUAGACUAAAUAUUUAAAUAUUGAGAUUAUUAUUUCUGACUGUGGUUUCUUCUAGUAGCUAAACUGCUAACUUCAGUUGGGUCCUCAUCAGUAUAAGAGUUCAUGAGUAGAAUGAGUAUUGUUGUAUAUGCCUUUAUGUACUUGAUUAUUGUUGUUUAAGUUAUAUUUUCAAGUCAAAAUGUGUAAAGUAUUGAGUGGACUCUUUUUUUUCUGUUUUCUUAAUGUUAUGCCAUUCUUUAUUGUAAAAUGAAUCAGUGAAAAAAUAACUGCCUGUAAACUUCAGAUUCCAUCAAAACUCCCUGAAACUGCUGCAGGUUUAAAGACGGAUUAAUGGAGAUUGUCGUUCCAUAAAGCUCCAGUUACUUUUAUAGAAGUGUUACAGGUGUUCAUUUGGUUAAAGCUGAUGUGAACAAAAUGUCACAAUCAGAUGUUUGCUUUGAUAAUAAAAGAUUUAUUUUCAGUCAA